CUUCAUCUUACUUUAUCUUCCUUAUUUCUGUUACUACAACACUACCGCAAAUUUCCAUUUCCUCUUCCUCGUCCAUUACUUAGUUCCAUGAGUUUAAAAUAAAGUGACACUGGGUUUGUUCCUGUGAGAUGUCGUUAGUGAGGAUAAAUCGUCCAUUAUAUGGUCCAGGCAAAAGACCAGUCCGAACCAAGAGGGUGUCUGCACCCAAGAAAGAAUGGGUGAGCACAGUCAAUAACCUUUCAGUGCAUAAAGCCACACCAGAGGAACUGGCCAAGCGUCAUGAAAUGCACCGGUCUCAGAACAAAGUGGUGGCACAGUGGGACUUAAGAGAAAAGGCUUUAACACGCAGGCAGAGGAAGAAUCAGCCCCCAAGCCCUCCAGGACUUGACAAAACCCGACUUCACGUCAUCAGAGAGGUGUUUUCAGAUCAGUGCCAAUUCCGAGACGUCAUUGCACGGUCAGACAGAGCUUUAGCUGUGGUGAAAGAUCUGUUUGGUGAUGCACCCUGUCGACGCACAGGUAGACCAUGCUUGUGCCACAGUGAUGUUUGUGCCAUUAUUCAAAUAAAUAUGUUAUAUGUUUGUGUUAUAGGGUUCCCCACAAUAACCAUGGCACCUGAUUGCGACUCUGACUCUGAGCUUCCUGUUCUUCAAAGACCUGAUCCUCCAACGCAGCUCUCAUUGCUCAGCCAGUCUAAGAUGGGUCAACAGGCCUUGAAUGAAUUGGAGGAGUAUGAAGACGAACAUGACGAAGAUGUUCAGGAUACCUCAGUGCACCUGAGCUCUGCCACUGUGAGACACAGGAAGAGAAAUAAAGGCAGGUCAAAAUCCUUCCCAUGGGGCUCAGAAUAUCAGGAGCAAGACCUACCAGAGACACCACAUAAUACUGGAGUCCCAGAAGAUCAGGCGGCCCUCAAUGCCACAAUGGCUGUACAACACCUGUCCAGACCAACUCAGCCUGACACAAUCCAGUCUACAUUGCAAGUCAGUCAGGUUCUCAACCCUGGGCCUGCUUCAUCUCAACCAGCUACUAAGAGAAGGUCAGCUCAAGUCAGUAGAGGGCGCACAGCAAAUACUUCUGGUCUGAAUGGUUCAGGGUUGAGUUCUCUGGCUGGGAACCAGUCCAGUCUGGAGCUUCUGCAGAGCAUGCUGGAGCAGGUGGAGGCCGAGCUGGACUCUUUAGAGCCUCAGAAGCCACUGAGCUCUGAUGGUAGAUCUCCGCAACAGAGACAGGGCCUCACAGGCUUCUCCAUGGCUCUAGUGGCCACGCUUGGACGUCUAGCCAGUCAUAUAAAAAAAAAAGAAGAGGUGGCUCAGAGGGAGGUACAGGAGAGAAGGAAGCUAGAAAAGGUGGUGAAAGAGCAGAGGGCUUUGACUGAUGCCUUGACUGCAGAGUCACUCACAAUGAGAGAGGAAAGCACUGCCCUGCAGGCAAGGCUGCAGCAGGAAACAGCUGAAAUUGAGCAGCGUAUGGAUAAUGUAGUACUGGUUCUGGGUGGACCAGAUUCUGCAGACUCAAAGACAGCAGUUCACAUUCCAUACAACACAGCCCAAAAAGGCAGCUAUCAUGAGUCUGGCUGUAUUGAAAAAGAUCUACAGAAACAGAACUUUGUUUCUUCAGCUGUGCUGCUCUCGCCUCCUUGCCAAAGAGAUGGCCUGCCUCCUGCAGAAGAAAGUCAAAAACAUCUGGGAUGGCAUGAGGUGAGUUGUGCAAGUUUACUGCACUACAGUGGUUCCUACACAGCAACAGGAAGUCAGGGUUCUCUGGAGGAGUUCGACAUCCCCUGCUCUUCUUCCUCCUUCACCAGCCUGCCACACCCCACUCCUCUGCUGGAUGAUUUUUCCCAGGAUGCCAUGCUAGGGGAGAUUGCAGAAUUAACACGUCAAAAUGCAGCAAUACGUGCCCAGUUGGGGCAGCAUCGUCCCUCUCCUGCAAGAGCUUCAAUGUCGAGGGAGCAGAGCGCAGAUCGAUUGUCCAUAACUAGUUCUAUAGUUAAACAAGCAUCGCCCUAUACAGAGCCACAGCACACACAGCAGCCUGUUUGUGUAGCAAGAUCUUCAAUGACGGAGAUAGAAAAAAAACUGCAGGAGUUGAACCGACAAAGUGCUGAAGCUAGAGCUAAACUGCUAGAGCUUAUUGAACAACAGAAACAGAGCACCUCACGCAGAGUUUCGCAUGCUAUUUCUCCAGUACCUCCUCAUUCCAUCAGCACUCAUACAGCUGUUAGAGGGUUAACUCCAGAGCAGUUUUUGACACUUCCUGAUAGAAACCAUUCACCACAACCCACUGCAAGUAGCAGAAGGUCAGCUGGAAGAGUUUCACCACACAAUCUAGAGUAUUGAAAUACAGAGCAUUCAGAAUCAAGUGGACAAGCUGAAAGGAGAGGGCUGGUUUGCAUUGUCUGCUCAUGUCAAAUAAAUUGAGCUCAACAGAGGGAUAUUUUUUUAUGUAUAGCAUUAGAAUGACAAGCAUGACAAGAAACCAUUAGGCAUAGCAAGAUAUUU